GGCCUGCCGUGAUCCGGGAGAUGGUAGGGGCGUUAGCAAAUGAGCCUAGGGGGACGAUCGGCGUGGUGGUGGGGUUGACGCGAGACUCAUUUACCAGUGGCGCGGUUAAAGCGGCCGAACAAGCAGGGAUACUCAUAACCGAUAGUGAUCAUCUAUUUGAUGACCUAUCGGCAGUCGCUG